GAUUUUGGGCUCUCUGCACGUUCGCAUCUAUUCUUUUGGUGUCAAGGAGCAGCGAGUAGGACCCUGGCGCUUGCUGUUAAUACGGAUAAUAAGAGACAAUGGUACUAAUAGUGAGCUCAUCCACCGGGGAUCGAUUAUGUAUUAGCACUAUAUGAUCGGUCUGAAGAACUUAACACGCUAUGUAGAACGUAGGAAGGGGAGCUUCAGUUCCGUAAACAGACUACUCUGAUCCAACACUUCGUAUCCCUAAUUUCGGAAUGGCCUACUUAAUUUAGUACCGACACUUCAGCUGAUAAAUUGAACUAUGGAGCUAUUAAUGAUCUAUCUACUUAUAAUAUAGUUUAAUUUCCCUCUUGAUCAUCCAGUGAGACACUGAAGUCACGGAAUCAGAUCAAAGCCAAGGCGGAGUUACAAUAGGCCUAUAAUAGGCCGUCAGUGUUUGUCCCGUACAAACCAGUCAAUACAAGGUCAAAUUGAGGUUUACAACUGAAGUUCAGACGGUAGAACGGUCUAACGGUGAUUUAUACGAGUUGUCAUAGCGAAUGGUACUAACGGCGGACUUUGUAACCCCUUGUCUCCGUUUUACAUGUCGGAUGGAUCACAAUUUCAUUAUUUUACUGCGAUAAUUAAACCUGUCUUCUAUCGCCACAUAGUUUGGUAUUAUUACAUAUCAAUUGCCAUUGUUUGUUACUUGAUAAAUAAACGCAUGUAUCAACCUUUGAUCUUUGAACGGAUGGUAAUAUUCCACACUUUAGUCUAUGUAUGAUUGGAUAUGGGUUACCAUGUGAAACUGUAUUGUUUAUAAUACUUCUUAUAUCCAAACCUUAUAAUAAAUAGACAUGAUGAAUAAACCUGAAGGAAAACCACGAGUGAAGUCGGGAAAGACUUGCAAGCAAAGCCCGUCGACAAAAGAAAUGCCACAGAAAUAUACGAGGCGAAGAGGUAGAUCAUUAUCGUCAACAGGGGCGACGGAAUCGCCGUCGUCUAAUGGUGCGACCACAUCACGAACUUCUAGCAGUGCAACCAUGUCGCAACUUGCUGAUAAUACUUCCAAUAAUCACAAAUCAACUCAGAAAUCACGAACUCGAACAAAACUUUCAAAUCGGGCGUCUGAUACAAAAGAUAUUUCUCGCACUACGUCUGCUUCUCGGUGCGACUCGGUGACGGUCGAACUAGAAGAGGUAUGUUCUAGUAGUAGCAAUAGUGAGAUAGCAUUUAUCCCCGAAAGGCGAACCGAUAAGACAUUCAUCUAUAUGUACGAUGAAAAGGAAAAGAAGAGUAAAGAGGUCGUAGUACCAAAAAAUAUCCAUGUGACUUUACCCGUUCUCGUGCAAUAUGAAAUAACAGAAGAUACUAUACGACAAAUGACGGAUUCGACUCAAAACAGUGCCGCGCAAACUGAAGUAGAGCCGCGUUUGAACGAAUGCUCGGAGAUGUUGGUACCAAACGGACGGUAUAUUGCCCCAACGCCAGAGCUUCUAUGUACAGACGAGGAAGAUGAAAUGAAAAACAAAGGUGCUCGAAUAAUACAAUGGCUAUUAGAUGUACAAUGUGAUUAAAUACUGGUUCACACCAGGGCAAUUUAGACUCUGACGCGUCACCGCGUCUAAAUUGCUCCAGUCAUGUGACACCAAUGUGAAUCAAGCCUAACGAAGCAAUAUAUGUUAAACAUAUUUUAAUUUAACCUAAAAUACUGAACUUAAUAGGACAAUCAACACGUGGACGUCAACAAUGAAGUAUUCUAAACGACAAAAUUGAAGUAGGCCAAGUACUAUAAUUUUUUUAAGUGAAAUUUUAGAUAAAUUUAACAAAAUUUCCUAAUGACAUAGAAAAAUCAAUGUUUUUUUUAAGAGAAAUUUCCUAAUGGCAAUAGAAAAAUUACUUUAAAAAUCCAAUAUUUUUAAAGUAAUUCAUUUUGAUAAGAACCUUAGUUCAUUAUACCACAGAUCUAGGGGCCUAUGCUCUCUUUAAUGGCUAGCUUCCUUUUACACUGAAGAAGCAGUGUGUGCGUGCGGUUGAUUGUAGAGCACCGGUUCUCAAUGGAUCGCAACCCCCGAUUGGGUUGCAAAAAUAAAUUCAGGGGUCGCGAGACUCUUUAGGAUUUUAAAAAAUCUAAAAUUUAGUUAUCUUUCUAAAAUAUGUCGUAGUACAGGGAGUGAAUUCUAAGUGUCUAAUUAACCUCCUUGGUCUAAGUUUUAAUUUUAAAAGUUUGUUGACCAGUUAUUGGUCCAUUUUGAGGGUCGCAGAAAGUUGCCUGGAUGUUUGCUCGAGUCGUCAGCCAAACACUUGGGAACCGCUGUUAGCGAUUUGUGCUUGUGUGAUUCUAGGUAUAUACGGUAGUCUUACAUUAAUGUAGGACUUAUGAAGUACCGUACGCAUUUUUUCCGCUUCUUUUUCUUUGGAUGCCGUGUAUGAUGUGUAUCGCGAGGCUCAACGGAAAUGACACUUGACAGAGUUUGGAAAGUUGAACCAAACUUUUGAUUGAAACGUUACGUGUUUUUUGACAAAUCCAACAGGAAUAUUAAAAAGAAACUUUUGGUCGUCUUGUUUACAAUACAUUUUUUAAAGAAACCAUAGGAAUAUGCCUGCUUGGUAAUUUCAGCUAAAAUAUAAAUUAUUUGGCUUAUGGUCUUAACCAUGGGCUUAAAGUGAUAUAUUUAUUUUGUUCAAAUUUAUAUGCCUUUGAAAUUUGUCUUUUUGACUAUAAAGUAAGUUAAGCUUGUAGGAGUGAUGUUUUGCCCUACUUGCCCUACUCAGUACGUUCCCAAAUUCUUGCGAAAAAAAAAUCGCAAUUGAUUCCUUUGGGAACUGUAGUGCGAACUUUCAACCUUGUCUCCCAGAAUUAUAAAUGCAUUAUGCUGGAUAGGUAAAGACUCGUUGUGCGGGCCCCCACAUUUUUGCGAAACGCAAAGGAUAGAGAACUGGACGCUCCGGUCAAUGUUGCCAGAGCUCUGUUUUCGACAUCAUUAAUUCCUUUUGCGUGGUUGCGACACGUUCAAUUUUGUGUGGUUCCUGCCGACGAUUGGCUUUAAUUGCGUAUAGACGCAUAGCGUUUCGUGUGUUAGAGUAAAACGCGUUAUAUUUCUCUGGAUGUGUAAAGCGAUUUUUUUUUAUUGAUUCUCUUAUUGACAGUUGUGUGUAGGGGGUGAUCACCAAUCUCACUCAGCCAGUCAAUAAAAAUCACAUCAUAUUACCCUGUUUUGCGAGCUAGUGCAUCCUCACUUGAAUCAUCGAUCCCCCUAUUUUACCUUCGGCCCCUCCUCCAUCGCCCCAUCCCCCAUUUAAAGAAUACCGGAUACGUCACUGUUUGUUGGGAAGUAAUUGAAUAUCGUAUUUACUAGGUCCUGUUUAAAACUUUUAUUUAAAAAAAUGAUAGUGGUAAAUUCCGGGGUAAAUUAUAGAUUUUGUUGGUUAGGUACAGUACAAAUAUAUCGACGGGCGCCCCUAGUAGUUUCACAGCUAUUUUGCAUUUUAAUAAACAGUUUUGUUGGAUUUUGUAAUGUCUAAUAAAACAUGAACGAAAAACGUAAUAAAGAUGUAGGCUGCCUACAGAAUUUACAGUUUUCUGUUUUUUCCACAUAUAACGUAUUAAGAGCAAUUUGUAUUUAUUUCCUUCAACACCAGUAGUGAUCAUAU